AUGACCAAAUUCAUUUCCGCCUUCGAGGACUUCUUCAAGUCCAUCUACGAGCUCUUUGCCAGCAUUAUCGGCACCUUUGCCUCGCUCGUCAACACUAUAAUUACAACUAUCCUCAACUUCUUCAGCGGCAUCAUCAACCUCUUCCUCGAUGUUGGCAAGGGAGCUGUCGAUCUGGUCGGCGGCAUCGGGAAAUUCAUCGCCGGAAAUAUCGUGGUCCUAGGAGUGAUCGCUGCGGGUGUCUACGUCUACACUCGCCAACAGCAGGGACGGCCAGUGGUGCCUGCGAAAAAGACCAAUUAA